AUGUACAGAUCCACCAAGGGCGCCUCGAAAGCCAGAAGGGAUCAGAUUAACACUGAGAUCAGGAACCUGAAGGAACUGCUGCCGAUCUCGGACACUGACAAAUCCAGACUCUCUUACCUGCACAUCAUGUCGCUGGCGUGUAUCUACACCAGGAAAUCCGUCUUCUUCGGUCCAGGCACCUUGGAAGGGGCGCUCCCUCUGAUUUCGCCCACUGAGCUGACUGACUUCCUGCACUCCCUCCCCGGCUUCCUGAUCGCCUUGAGCAGCGAGGGGAAACUUAUCUACGUGUCGGAGAACGUGUCGGAGCAUCUGGGCCACUCGCUGGUGGACCUGGUCGCUCAGGGAGACAGCAUUUACGAUAUUACUGACUCGUUGGACCAUCUGGUGUUGAGCAGUAACUUGAUGUUUACCUCUCCGUCAGAAAGUGAGCGCCUCUUCCGAUGCCGUUUUAACACCUCGAGGUCAGUCCGGAGGCAGAGUGCGGGCAACAAGUUGGUGCUGAUCAGGGGCCGAUACCACCAGCCCCCCUCCGGAGCUUACUGGUCCUCCAAACCGGUCUUCAUCGCUUUCUGUGCCCCGCUAGACACCAGGCCCCGACUCUUUGACAAUCACCUGUUUCUGGGCUUCUUCGAGAGUCAGCACUCCAAGGACAUGAUGUUCACCCAGCUCUCUGACAGCGUUGGCUACUACUUGGGUUAUCAGAAAACUGAACUCAUUGGAAAAUCCUGGUACAACUUGCUGCAUCCUCAAGAUCUGACACACGCCUCUGCCCAGCAUUACCGUUUUUUGAGUGGAGGAAGUGAAGCCAGAGUGGAGAUGAUUGUCCGUCUCCAGUCCAAGAAUACCCAGUGGAUCUGGGUCUAUAUGGUGCUUCAGGUGGAAUGUGCUGAGGUGCCAGUACUCUGCUACAAUUAUACAGUGAGUGAAUCUGAAGCCUGGUGCCUCCGACAACAGCUGACUGAGGAGCAGGAGGACACUCUGCUGUUUCCGUAUGCUCUCCCAGCUCCACCAUCUCACCAGGAGCCAGUGCAGUCUCCCAGCUACCUGUCCAGCCCCGACACAGUCUUCACGCCCGUGGCUGGAACCCCGACCAGCGGAGUUUCGGCCCAGUCCUUCGAUUUCAGUGGGAUAUGUGGCCUCGACUUUGCCGAGGUGCCUGCGCCGACCGGGAGGGAAGAGGACAGCCAGAGGGGGCUCCUCCCUGCUCCACCACAGGAGAAGGAGCAGGGGGGUGUGACAGGGGUGGGGCGUGCCACCAAGCUCCCAGAGUUGUUGUACAGUGACUGCAUGUUUGGAGCCAACUCGCCUACUCCGCCCUGCACCCCCCAGCUGCUGGGGCCCACCUUCACCUUCGGGGGCCAGGAGCCAUUCGGCCAGACCACCACCACCGAGAUCUACUAUCCCCUGGAGCCCUGUGCCUCGCUGUAUGAGAGGCUGCCCCCUUCGCCAGACAGCCCCGGCAAUGGGGGCUGCACCGUGAUGGGCCUGCCCCAGGUGCCCACCCCCCUCUACAUCCACGUGCCCAGUACUCCCGAGGGCAUCCUGACCCCAGAGGCCUCGCCCAUCAAGUUGCCCGCCAGCUGCUACUUCGGCUACCUGGAGGGCAUGGAACAGACCCAGAUCGACGCUCUGGCCAAGCGCAUUGGCUGCCACUUGGCCGACAGCCGGGAGUCCUGCUUGGGAACAGAGCCUGCCCCCUCGCAGGACAACAACGCCAAAGACAUCGGUGAGAGCCGUAGUUCCUCCCUCCCCGCCGAGGCCCCAAUCCUGGACUUCCAAGCCCUCAAGCAGUGGAGGAGCGUAGACUUCUCCAUGAUUAGCUUCGGCGAGGAAGAUGACGAGGACGAAGAUGUCAUCGAGAACAUUUUGAGGGACCUGGGCGCUCCCACGAUGGAGAGAAGCCCCCCAGGUCCCAGCUGCCACCAGUUGGGUGGAAAUUCCGGAUGUCCCGCUGACGUGGAAUCCAACCGCGCGGGAUCAGCCUGCAACCCAGACGCGUGCCCCGCGACUGACUUGUCUCCAGAAGAACAAUCCUUCCUUGAAGAGUUGACUUCGUACGAAACUGUAUUUGAGACGAUUGUCUCAAGGUCCCCCUGUGAUGGGUUCAUCGAUGAGUUGUAUCAACUCCAGAGUCAUGGCCAUGAAUACUUCCAUCAAGAUGGAAGUGGAGGUAACACCUCGUUUUGA